AUGGUUGCCCUUGCAGUGGUUCAGUACGGCAGCGGAGCCGCGAUCACCGCCUUGUUGCAUCCUUUCGGCUAUGCUAAAGUGUUGAUGCAGGUUGGCUAUGAACCAUUGUUGCCAGAACUGACGAAAACUUUCUUCUUAAGAAAAGAAGUAUAUGUAUAUCCAAAUAUCUUCAAAUACAUUGGUCAUAUAAAAAAGGUGGAUGGGUUUGCUGGUUUGUACAGAGGGGUUUUGCCCAGAAUUGUGGCCGGAACACUUGGAAACUUAGUCCAGUACAAUAUACAGAAUAGAAUUAAACUAAGUCAGGACAAAAAGACCUCAAAAGAAACAGAAAAGUCUCCUGAAAAGAUUGAUGAGGACUUUGUUGCAUGGUUGAAAGCAUUUGCUAAAGAGACUUCUGAAGACACUGUGAGCAGAUGUUGUGGUGUGAUCGUCAGCCAUCCCUUCCAUGUGAUUAUGGUGCGCUGCAUGGUGCAGUUUAUUGGCCGGGAGACCAAAUAUGACUCCAUAUUUUCGUCUAUAAAGGAGAUCUACGACAGAGAUGGUAUUCUAGGUUUUUUUGCGGGGCUGAUACCUAGGUUGAUUGGUGAAGUGAUUGCUAUCUGGUUGACCAGCUUUCUAACCCAGGUUAUCAACAAAUAUAUGAUUCAGGAGAAGGAUCUACAGUCCUACACUGGAGCUGCUUGUGGGUUGGUUGUGUCACAGUUCACCUACCCAUUUACACUUGUCACCAACAUCAUGGCUGUGAACAAUUGUGGGCUGAUUGCUGGUGAGUUUCCUCAUAUGCCAGUUUACAGCAGCUGGUUGGACUGCAUGAGGUCCUUAUCCCAGGAAGGCGAGCUGAAACGUGGAGCCAGUGCUUUCUGGCGAGCCUACAAACCACGUCCUUACCCUACAAUAUUAGGGUCUGCUUACGGGAAUAUGUAUCUAGAGAAAAAGCGUUACUAA